AUGGCCGCUGCCGAGAGGCAUGCUCGAGAUGGAGAUCGAUCUGGCCCUGCGUGGGCCGAUGCUCAGGGCACGCUGGAGCUGCAGAUCGUCCAAGGCCUAGCACCAGAUGCCGAGCGAGCAGAGACUAGCAGGCCACUGCUGUCGAUUUCGCUGUCUUACCCCGCCAUCUUCGCGCUUGGUUUCGGAUGCGCAUUGUCGUACGGCUACUGGAGGUCAGAGCAGUUGCCACUGCCAGAUCCCCUGCGGGAGCGGGCAAGGGUUGCUAGCAACAGCUUCUUCAAGGCCUUCGACGAAAUGAUGUCGUCUGAUACUGUCGAAAGUCUGCUCCGCACAACAUCGCGCAUGAAGGAGGUCCUCGACUUGCAGGCGCUGUCGAAUGCAACCCUAGGUCUAACUGAUAUCGUCAAGAACCGAACAUCUUUGGGAGUGAAGGAUCUCCUUCCUGACUGGCAGGUGCCUGCCAUCAGCCAAGUCUUGGGUAAGAGCGAGCGAGUGGGCAUUCGGAUGGCGCGCGAAGGCAAGCGUGUCAAGCAUCCCGUUAUUAUGGUUCCUGGGAUAAUCACCACGGGCUUGGAGGUGUGGGAUGGCGAGGACUGCAUCAAGAACUACUUUCGGCAAAGGAUUUGGGGCACCACUACUAUGCUGCAAGCUAUGGUCCGUGAUCCAGACUGCUGGGUACGCCACAUGACGCUCAACGCGACGACUGGCCUGGAUCCUCUGCAGCAGCCUUUCUUCAACCGCACAAUCCGCAUUCGCCCUUCUCAAGGAUUUGAAAGCGCAGAUUUCUUCCUUGGUGGAUACUGGCUGUGGGGCUUGAUGAUUGAAUCCCUGGCAGACAUCGGCUAUGACCAAAACUCCAUGUAUAUGGCAUCCUAUGACUGGCGGUUAUCUUUCUCAGACAUGGAGAAGAGGGAUUGGUAUUUCACCAGACUCAUGCAGCAGAUUGAAACUCUUGUCAGGAUGAACCAUGAGAGAGCAGCCAUUGUGGCACAUUCGAUGGGAGGAAACCUUUUUCAUUAUUUCAUGCAAUGGGUCACAGAUAAUGUUCAUCCAAACUGGGUGCACAACCACAUUCAGUCGAUCAUUUUGAUCUCGUCUCCGCUGCUAGGCCUGCCCAAGCCUUACUUCUCACUCCUUACAGGGGACAAUCGGGACUUUGCCACAAUGGGCACAUUUAGCGCUGUUGUGGACCACUAUUUCGGCAGCAGCACCCGACGUAGUCUCUGGAGAAGUUGUUCGUCCUUGUCGAUGAUCAUGCCUAUUGGAGGGGAUGCAAUCUGGGGUCACAAGGUGACGGGCAUGCCGCUGGCACAGGUGGAGGGUAGGAACUUGACAGUGGAAGAAGCAUACAACUUGCUUGCCAGCAAAAAACAGGUUCCCGCAGAUCUACAGCGGAUCGAGGCGUGGCUGCUCGAAGGACUUCGGGCUUCUCGGCCGCCACAUUCGGCACCAAACGGAAAAUCUGAUGUUUUCUGGGGUAAUGCUCUGGCCUCCGUUCUGCCGUUUGCUCCACAGAUGAGAAUGUAUGCGCUGUAUGGUGUUGGUGUGCCCACAGAGUAUACUGGCGCGUUGGGAAUGACUGGCGAUGACAUACAGCGCCCCAAGUAUGCAAUUGAUAGAGAGGCGCACUCACCAAAUGCUGGCUUCUUGCUUGGAGACGGUGACUACUCCUGUCCUGUCCUGUCCCUGGGCUUCAUGUGCCUUAAGGGUUGGAACAGUGAAGAGAGGAAUCCUGCAAGGAUACCAUGCACGGUUCGGGAGUACAAGGACAAGUCUGGGAAGAGCGUAAUUUCGGGCAGCCUGCGUGGCGGACCCAGUUCUGGAGAUCAUGUUGACAUAUUGGGAAAUGUCGAACUGCUGGAAGAUUUGUUGUCACUGGUCAGUGGCGGGUCGCUUGAGCCCCGCAUUGUGUCGGACUUGGCAGAGGCUGCUCAGCGUUGGGAUGACAGCUCGGAUGGUUCUGGCUAA